GGCUACAUCAACGGCACCACCGUCGCCUCCUCCGCAUACGAUGCUGAAUGGUAUCAAUUUGAUGCCCUAAUUCAGGGAUGGAUCCUGUCCACAAUCACGGAUGAGGUCUCCGAUCUUGUGCUUGCCAACAAUCUCUCCGCUCAUGCUUUAUGGAAGGUGAUCUACAAUCUUUUUCACGACAACAAGCAUGCACGGGCAAUGCAACUGGAACAUCAUUUCCGUACAACUGUGAAAGGCAACCUCUCCAUCAACGACUAUUGUCAUCUUCUCAAGAACCUCUCCGAAUACCUCGACGACAUGGACGCACCGAUCACCGAACACGCCCUUGUACUUCAAGUUCUACAAGGCCUCCCCCACGACAUCCGUACUUUUCCGGCGGUGGAAUGCCGUCCACAACCCUCCUUAGUACCGGAGGUGGCAGCAGAUAUGGGGGCGGCCAACAAUGGUAGGAUCGGGGCAGCGGCUACGGGGGAUCUGGGAGCGGUGACAGCUUUGGCGGCGGCUAUGGCGGGCACGGCAGGAACUUGGGUAGUGGCGGCAGCGGUGGCAAUCGCGGCAAGGGCCGCGGUCGAUGUCAUGGCAGCGGCGGACAUCCACGGCAACCAUCGUCGGGCCUCCCCUGGAUCUUUCCCUCCCCCUCACCAG